AUGGCCUCGCUGGGGGAGGAGGCGUCGGAGGCCCAGGGUCGGUGGGCGGCCGAGGCGGAGGCCGGGGGCCAGGCGGAGGCCGGCGGGGAGGGGGAGGCCGGGGAGGCCUGGGGGUCCGGACCCCCGGCCGGCCCGCCCCCCGGCCCGCAGCCCCCCGAGGGCGGCUUCGGCUGGCUGGUGGUGGCGGCCGCCACCUGGUGCAGCGGCUCCAUAUUCGGGAUCCAUAACUCCUUCGGGAUGCUCUUCGAGAUGCUCAAGGACGAGGCCCGGGACGAUCCCAACCUGGAGUUCAAAACGGCGUGGGUCGGAGCCCUGGCCAUAGGCAUGCUCUUCUUCUGCUCCCCCAUCGUGAGCAUCUUCACCGACCGGAUGGGGUGUAGGACCACCGCUGCCUCGGGGGCCGCCAUCGCCUUCACCGGACUCCUCGCCACAUCCUUCACCAAUUCCCUGAGCAUCCGCUACUUCACGUACGGCAUCGUCUUCGGCUGCGGCUGCUCCUUCGCCUUCCAGCCCUCCCUGGUCAUCCUGGGCCACUACUUCCGCCGCCGGCUGGGCCUCGCCAACGGCAUCGUGACGGGCAGCAGCAGCAUCUUCUCCAUGUCCUUCCCCUUCCUCCUCAAAGUCAUGAGCCGCGACAUGGAGCUGGCCCACAUCUUCCAGGUCCUGAGCGCCUUCAUGUUCGUCCUCAUGCUGCUGUCCCUCACCUACCGGCCCCUCCUGCCGCCCUCCGCCGACUCCCCGGCCCAGCCGGGAGGCCACAGCCCCAAGCCUCAGUGCCUGGCUCACCUCCGCAAGUACUUCAACCUGGGCAUCUUCCGCCAGAAGACCUACUGCAUCUGGUCCUUCGGCAUCGCCACCGCCGCCCUGGGCUACUUCAUCCCCUACGUGCAUCUGGUUAACUAUGCUGAGAAGGAGUUCCAGGCCACGGAGAAGAAGUGGGUCCUCCUGGUGUGUGUCGGCGCCACGUCUGGCAUCGGCCGUCUGCUGUCGGGCCGCGUCGGCGACUUCAUUCCCGGCCUGAAGAAGAUUUACCUGCAGGUGGUGGCCUUCCUGCUCCUGGGCUUGAUGUGCAUGAUGAUCCCGCAGUGCCGGACCUUCGAAGGCGUCGUGGUGGUCUGCCUCUUCCUCGGGCUGUGCGACGGCUUCUUCAUCACCCUGAUGGCGCCCAUCGCCUUCGAGCUGGUGGGCCCCAUGCAAGCGUCCCAGGCCAUCGGUUACCUCCUGGGCAUGAUGUCUCUGCCCAUAACCGCCGGCCCCCCAAUUGCAGGGUACCUCAACGAUCGACUGGGGAACUACCACCUGGCCUUCUACUUUGCGGGCGUGCCCCCCAUCCUCGGGGGCACCAUCCUCUUCUUCGUGCCCCUGGUUCACCAGAGGAUGCUGCCCCGGGGCCGGCCAGACUCCAGCCAGGACAAAGCAGUCGCCGCCGAGACCAUCCUGAACGGGAAGCUGCUGCCCGGCUCACCUGCCACCGAGGCACCCAUCUAAGGCCACCCUGCCGCCCCCCACCCCACGUUCGCCCUCCAGCCAGCAGCACCCCCUACCCCCCUAGCCCGCACCCCUGGCUGUGACGGCCAUGCCCUCCCCGGGGGCACCUUCCGGCCGCCCCGUGCCCGCACCGGGGAGAGUCACGGCAAGGCUCCCGGAACCUUUCGGCUCGUUUCCGGCACCUGGUUUUAUGGGGGAAGGGUCUCAGCAUGGAGCCUCCUGGGAUGAAGGGAAUGCUCCAGGGAGACAUCGAACGGGAUUCGACCGUGGAGAAUCGCUCACCUCUGGCCCGGGUCCCUCCGCCCUUGGAGGGAAAGGGGCCAGGAGUGUGUCAGAGGGGGCUGGGGGUGCCUGGGGCUGGGGGACUGGGAGCAGAGCUGCCCGGCCAGCAGCAUCUGCUGGGUCUUCCCCUCAUCUAGGGCCACACCUAGAUAAGGGCUGAAAGGCUGGCCCUCUUAUAGAACCCGCACCCUCCUCCCGCUCCUCCUCUUCCUCCUUCCCCUCCUCCUCCUCUUUCUCUUGCCCCCCCCCAUCCCACCCCCUCUCCCCCCUACCAUCGCUCGGGCUGUUGUUGAGCCACGUCCGUCCGGGCAGCAGGUGGAGGCAGGGAGAGGUCGACAGCUGGGCUGAGGCCACCCGUCUCCCUCCAUCCUCUCCCAGAUCCUGGCUGUCACAGGGGCCUGGGAGAGGGGAGACAAAGCCCAGCUUUUUUAAAACAGCCUCCAAGGCCAUCUUUUUUAAAACCAAACACUUCAGCAGAGCCUAAGUUUCUAUCGCCUGCUCACCGACGGCCUCGGUUUCCCUUUUGAACUGUGAGCAAACGUCGGUGGGGAAGACUUGCCCAUGGGCCGAGGAAACCGGACCAGCCUCCGGCCUGCGUGGGCCGGGGUCACGGGCCGGCCGGCUCUCCUCUCUGCCGGUCCACGUCCUCACUAGCUUACACCCUCCUGGGCCCGGAUCUGAACCCCCAACCGGACCACCGGGGAAUCAGGGCAACCCGCCUCCCGUGCCAAUUCCCUGACACCCAACCACAGGGAGUUCUCGAGAGGCAGAGAGGGGGCAGCUGGAGACCCCAGGUGACUCCAGCACCACUAGCCUUUGGACUCUCGCUGAUCAAGCGGUCAGGGCUGGCCAUCCCACCCUCGAUCUGCACCGACAGAGGCACUUUUUACCACUUCCUGAAAGUUCAAGGGCCCCGUGGAUGAUGCCUCCCCUGGGGACAGGGAUCUCUUCCCUCGGGGCCCCUCCAGACCACCCACCUACUGUCCUGGUAACAGCAGAAGGUGAGCAGCCAUCCCUCCAGUUGGAGGGCAGAAUGGGAUAAACUCAAACCAGGAACGGGAGAGAUCCCUCUAAUCCCAACCAGCUGCAGCCUGAGGCCUCAGCUUCAGGAGAAUUUCUCUUCUUUCCUCGCCAUCCCUCCCUCUCCCCUGGCUGGCAUGGCUCCAGUUGAGGAGGCUGGGGCCUCGGCGAUGGGGUGGGGUUGGGAGGGAGGGCACGCCGAUGGCCCGGGUGGUCCCUAGAAGGUCCACGGUGCACCGCCCAAAUUCGCUCCGCCUUGGAGGGAGAGGAAGAGGCCGAGUUUGGGGAACCCCAGGCUCACCCCUUUGCCUGGGGUUUGUUCCUACGGGGAGCAGACAUUGAUUUCUGAGGGAGGCGAGGGCGCUGGUUGCCAUAACGAUAAGGAGUCCAGACCGGCCAAUGGGAAGAAAGCAGGAGCCUGAGUUUUUCUUUCAGUCUCUAGCCAAAGGCUAGGCUCUAAAUUGGGGUUAUCCUAGCACCAGGCCCACUCCCGAGCCCCUGUGGCCACUAGCUUGGGACUGUCACCUGUGCCAUCAAAGGGAAUGGAUGCAGAAAACCGGUAUUGUGAAUGACACCCCCUCCCUCCCCCACGAGUUUCUGUCUACACUGCCAUUAAGCAUUUGUGAAAAAAAGCCAAAAUACAGCCCCCAAAUGAGGAGCAGCAAGGUGAGGGGAUGGGGUGUGAAUUCACUUCCUGCCUACUCCCCUGACUCCCUUCCUCUCCUAGCUCACCAUCACAUAGCUUAGGACACCAUCUUUCUGGUGAACCUGAGAGGGAAUGUGGGGAGUGGUGUAAAAGGCAGUGUUUUUCCCAAAAGUGCUUGGAGAUCCUUCUUUCCCCAAAGGCUCAUGGCCUCAAAGGCCUCAAAAGCGGGAGUUCUCCAACCCCACCGGACACUUGAAAUUAAAAACAAGCCCAUCAGCAAGGCAGUACGGGGACAGCCCCAAGAUCCAUCCCUCCCAGGGUUCUGUCUCCCUUGGGGCACCGGGGGAGAAAUGUGUUCUGGUCUCUACACGGUUAGGGGUGAUCCAUCCAGCCCCCGACCCCCGACUCUCCCCUCUGCAUCCCUUACCUGCUUGCUCAUAAGCCCGCAGGGGUCUGAGUGCCUUCUCCAGUCCCUUGAGUUGCUGGAACAAAACCGUGAGGUGAAACUCUAGGUAACCUCAGGGCCGGUGCUCCUGAUAACAGCCGCCCCCGCCAACUCCUCUCCUGACAUUCUCUGAAAUUUCUCCGAGUCGUCACGUCACGUGUCAAGGGUCCUCUGCUCACGUCCUCCUUGCCUCUGGACAGGCGUGUGGUUGUGCUUGGUUGGCUACUGGAAAGAGAAGCUGCUCGGGACCCUACAGGAUUAAUCUGUGGUUGCCUCCACACUACAGGGAGGCCCAGGGCUGGCUCCCGGAAAGCAGGUUGGACGUACCACCGGAAGCUGGGAGUCGGGCAGCUAGCCGAGGAACAGCGACUGAGUCGUUUCCCUUCCGCUUCUGCCACGGCACACGUCCUGGGACCCCAAAUCCCCCACGGAGUUUUGUAUAAAUCGGGCCGGGGGGAGGCAGGCCAGCCGGCAGGCCUGGUGUGUGUGGGCGAGCAGGGUCCGAGGAGGAAAAAGCCCAAGGGAUACUUGCUGUGGGGACUGGAAAGCCUGGGUCGGGGCCUGGGCUCCGUAUCUUCCACUGGAAACAGCGUCUUUCCGGGGGGGUAAGGACUAGGCCGGCCUGGUUUUACACGUUCUGUUUUUGGAAGGUGACGGUAGAGAAACGGUUCUCUUACCUCAAAAUGAAGGGUGGUCAUUGGUGGUGCAGAAGCUGGAGAAGCGGAGUCCCAUCGUUAGCCCGGCUCCCGGGUCCCGGCCACUCUCAAGGCUAGUGACCAGGGACCCCCGAGGCUGGAGCUUGGUUGUAGGGGGGGAGGAGUGGGGCUAGAUGCGGGGUCGGGGAGGGGAUGGGGCAGUCAGGCACAACCACAUCUUGGUUUUCCCACCUGAGGCGGGGGAUGCUAGCUCUCUUUAGCACGUGGAAGCGGCCCUGGGGUCCCUGCUGAUGGGGCAUAGGGCAGUAGCGAGUCGCAGAACAGGCAGAACCCAUGUGGCUGACUGCCUCCAUCGGAGAGUGGACUCGAGGGGAUAGUCAGGUCAGCCCCAUGGUACAUCCAGUCCAGGGCUCUGUCUUUUUGUGACAAUAUCUGCUCUCCAGAGUCCAUGCCGGGGCCUCGGCCCCCACCCUACCACCCACUCGGGCCAGGCCGAUUCCACCCCUCGGAUUCCACCCGGGGUCCCCCCUCCUGCAGGGGCCACGCAGUUAACCUCCUGCCCCUCCUCAGCCCGCAGGCUCCAGUCUGUUUUUGAUCCCCCGGGAUCAUUAGAUUUCAAAGCUGGCGAAUCCAUCAUUUUUAUGAGCGAUUUCUCUGCAUGCCGCCACUACCGCCCGCAAGGGCCCUUUCAUCUUUGGGCAGAGAGCCGCCCUGCCCCAGCCAGUCCCACACCCAUCUGGGGGCUGGCUCGGCGGUGGGGUUGGGGCUGUGGGGUGGGGAAGGGCUGGCGGGCUGAUGGACAAGGUUGGCCCAUUGGGGGGGGGGGGGCCCAGACAGGGCCUCCACCCAAAGAGGAGCUGGAAAUCUCCUUGGGGGGUAGCCCUAUCCACCUCCCCCUCCCCCCAAAGACCAGAGGGAAGGAAGAAACGCUUGUCUAUGAAAGGUUCUGGCAGCUGCAGGCCAUCUGGGGUUCGGGGAGGCCCGGGGCUCCGGCUGAAGGGCCGUGGUGGUCAGUUGCUGAAGGACAGCUGGAAAUGGGCUGGCUUUUUGAGUUCUCGGGUCUGCUGGCCCCUCCUCGGAAGGCCACUCCUCCCCCGGGGGCUGUACCCCAGCCUGAUUCAGUCUCCACUCGAGGUUCAGCUCCUGGUGGGAGAUAGUAGGGGACCCACGUCUACCCCAGGGUGGUCAGCGAGGUGGCCCAGUGGUCUCCCUCUACUGGGGGAGCCAAACCUCCCCAUAUCCACGGUGCUCAGUGCAAAAGAAACUGAUCCUGCACCACACCCUGGCCUUUCCUUAGGAAUCGCUUCUUCUCCCUGGCUUCAGAGGGACCAAGCAGCCUUAUGGGGAGGGGAGAUCUCAGGCGGCAGGUGGAACGAGCCGAAAUCUAUGUAUGUGGGUAUGUAGACAUUUUUAACGUCUAAAGUUUUGGGUUGACCAGACAGUUACCUUUAGGCCUCUGCCUAGAUGCGUCCCCCGACCCCAAGGAGAGGCCUCUGGUGGGGGUACGCGAGUUUUUCUUCACAGGCAGCAAUCUAUUGUGUACUACUCUGCCUGGGGGGGAGGGGACGGGAGCCGGUGGGCAUUCGAGGCCCACCAGGCCCAAUGGGCACUAGGUCCGGUCCAGCUCCGGAGGUCUUCCCGGUCACUGACCCCGCUCCGCUCCCCCAAGGCCUGUGGAGAAGGAGGCCUGGUGGGUAGGCAGGGCUCCGGGGUGAGGCAGAGCAGAGAGGUGUGAGCCCAGGACCGGGGAGGGGACCUAGGGGAGGACAAGUGAUAAUGUUCCCGUUUUUAUAACCAUUUUUUUAAGAAGCCGGUGCCAACUUCCCUCAGAAACAGAUGGCUCCUGCUGAAGCCCUGGUGGCUGCAGGGCUCCUAAGCAGGGGCAGAGAGGAAGCCAAAUUUUGAAUAACUGCUUCCACCCUCGGGGGUGGAAGAGGGGGGCAAUCUGACGGGGCUGGGGGAGGGACACGACCACCGAUCUGCACCAGGGGCCGUGCUGGGGGAGGGCCACCAGGAGAAUCCCCUCAUUGCUCCCCCCGGAAUUUUGGGUGGAGGAAACUGAGGCAGGAGUCCAGCCUCUCCAUCGGAAGACCCUAAACUUACCUUCCUCCUACCCACCGCCUCCCGGAGGCUGUCAGCAAGCCGGUCAAACCCAGCCGGGGCCAGGAGAGAUGGGGGACGGGGUCGCCAAACCAGAGGGGGCAAGCUGAGCGGGCCGGGGGGCCGAGUGCUUCUCCGGCUCCGAGCCUUUGCGUGGCCUUGGAUGUGAAGUGGUCUCAGCGUCCCCCAAGUGUGAACCUCUGACCCUGCGAGGGAACAAAAUCAAAAUCAGCACCUUCUUUUUUUUUUUUUUUGUAAAUGUUUAUAAAUGUUGUUUUAAAAAAAAACUGUAGAAUGAUACCGAACUAGAAACAACAGCUAAAGAGCGCUGUGGACAGUA